AUGGAAUAUCCAAAGACUGAAGCGAUCAGUCAAGGAAUUCCUUUUGAAUACAUUUCGCUCUGUAAAGAUUGCUGCAAUGAAAAUCUAGAUCUCCGUCCAAACGCACAACAAAUAAUCGAAAAAUUAGAGAAAAUUGAAUGGUCAUCAGUUCCAUUACGGUUGGAACUUCCAGUAGAGCAUCUCGAAUUUAAAUUAGAUGAUAAUUUUCAAUAUUCAUCUGAAGAAAUUUCAG